GUUGUUUUGUCUUGUUCAGCUCAGCUACAUUAGUAGAAGGUUUACUGGACUGGGCGACUGGAUCUUAAAAUCUUUUAAACAUGAAACCAAAGUACCUCUCCUUCACUCUGUACAUGUUGGUCUUGGCUGCUGGACCCCUCACUUUGGAAGCUGAUGGUAAGUUUUUGCUGUUAUAUCUGUAACCGUCUUAAUUUGUGUGACUGUCGUCUCUCAGUAAAUAAUCCAGAAAAGUUUGUUUUGUAACAUUAAAAGCUAAAAAGAUGAAGCAGGUCUCAUCCCAGAGACGGCAAACACAUAUUUUUCAAGACACAGCCAAAGAUUCAACUGCGUGGUUCAUCACGGAAAUGAACCCGCCCUUACAUGAAAGUGGUCGAGCAAAUUCAUUAAACUUAUAUAUGUAUGUAUACAGUCAAAAAGGGCAGCAAAGGAAGGAUUAACAAGAAUAGAUGUUUGUUUGAUGCAAUAUUGGUCAUAGUUUGCACCCUUGUUGAAUUUUUUGAGGACUUUUCAUGUUUUUUUGGAGGGAAAAAUCAAAAAAACCUCCUAACCAACCUUUUUAGGCAGUAGGAAGGACUUUGGUUUUAUUGCAGGUUUUUAGAGAAAGUUUUGACACAUUACUAUGCCUAAAUUCUGCUAAUACAAGAUGGAAGAACAAAAGUGUUAUUGCAAAAUUCUGGGCUCUGAAAAUUACAAAAUAUUUGGCUUCAUGCUACACUCUGCUGAAUUUCACCCAUAAAAGUUGGUCAACUCCAAUCCAGAUUCAAGUUUCACCAAAACAUCUGCUAUACUGUGAAUUAAACCUCAACAUGUCUAAUUUUAAGAGUUUCCCACCAGAAUUUAAGGUAACAAAGAACACUUCACCACUUUUGCCGCAGCACAUGUGACUUCCUGUUUGCUGACCACAGCUGCUGCACCAUUAAAGCAACUCUUCUGUGAUCUUGUACUUUGUCUCUAAAUCUAGAUCACCUGUGAGUGCUUUCAUUGUCUCCUUCAGCUCUGAAUUGUAAAACUUUACUGUUUGGCAUAUUUUUGUUGCAGGUAAAGAUGAAUGUGAAUUUUACAUUGUGCGGCGCAACAUCAAGUAUGAAGCCUUUCUUGGGGAAGACCUGAGGAUUAGCUGCACAGUUAAAUUCUGUGAUGACUCCCCACCAACAGUCUCCUGGUUCAAACUUGAGCGAAAUUAUGAGAAUGAUGUCUUCAUUCUCAUAAGUGACAGCAGCCAUCGCUUGAAAACAGAGUGGCAAACUUUGAAGCACUUAGAAGGAGUUUCGUCUCUGAUUUUUCAAAAUAUUGUCACAAACGACUCUGGUGUUUAUCGUUGUGAAAGUGAGGGGCAAGUGGGACGUAACAUCAAGGUCAACGUCACAGGUGAGUUGAACUUUUCUGCAGGUACGCACAUCUUUGUCAGGUGUUGUUGCAGUCAAAGUUCCUGAUAUCACAGUAGCUAUAAAAGAAAAGGGUACAAUGAAGCAAAAAUGUGGAUCUAUCAGUCGAACUACUGGUCCUUUUUUCAAAUUACAAAUAGUAUGUACAGGCAAUGCAUUCAGAUGAGCAUGACAGAGUGGCUGAGUCUCUCAGAGUAAGUGGAACUGGGGGUGUGUUUAACACUCCCAAUAAAGAAAAAUAUCCUAAUAAAGUUAAUAGGAAUAAACUGCAAAUAAAAUAAUCUACAUGUAUUUCAAACCACAGACAACACUAGAACAUGAAGAAAACUUGAUUUAUUUCUGACAGUGAGAUCACAGAUUUCGUUCCACACUGACCCUAAUGCUGAAGUGUGUUGUUGUUUAUUUGCAGGGACCCCAAACAGCGAGGAUGAGGAGACCUUUAUGCCUUUUAUUUUCUAUGUUGUAGGAAUCAUGGGGUCUCUCAUCAUAGUGAUGGCUAUAUAUGCUGCAUCAAAAUCUACAUGCAAAGGUGAGAAUUGUUUUAAAUAUUUUUCAACGACGACUGCAAACGUCUAACAAUUUCAGCUCAAAGCUCCUGUGAGGAACUUUCAGUUUGUGUGAAUUUUGGCGCCCCCUGUGGUCUUGCUUAAAUUGUUCUUGAGAAAACAAGAAGGGUCGUCUUACCAUAAAUUCUGUCAGAUACAAUCAUCUGGUUUCUCUUCAAGUCAAUUCAAUGUGCCUGUGUUGCAGGAGACUCAAGGAACACCCCAGAUCCAGACCAUCAGCCCUCCCAUCAUGCUUUGCCCAUGGGUCCGAUCUGUGAAGGGAAUCAGUAGACUCUCUCUAUGUGUGUCUAAACUCUGAUAUGAGAUUUAUUGAUCAAAAUGUAAAGAGUUCAGAGCUGUUACUCAUAUCUGGUUUCUGUGUAUCUGUUAGACUUUGGAUGUACUAUUUUUUUUAAGAAAUGGUAGAAACCCAUCUUCUCAUUAAAGGCCUUUUGUGAGAGUGAAUUCCUCUUAAAAUAGCAGCAACGAUACAAGAAGUGAAAUUUUGAAUGUGAGAAAGUGCUGUACUCAAUGGAGAGUGUGUCCGUGUGUGUGCAGAUUUUAACACAUUCUCAGAUUUCUCAUACUUUGAGCGUGUAUCUCCUCCCUGAAUAUCACUUUUUCAAUGUUGUUGACGGUUUCUCUCUUUACUGGUGUGAGAUUUUGCGCCUCUACUGUUAUUUGAUGGUAAUAAAAACGGUUUUUGUUU